AAGUCGGGCACGGUCCUCGUGCCAGCCCAAGAGCGAAUCCGCAUAGAACCUGAACCAACAUCGCGGAACACUUCCGAACCCGUCAUUAUCUCAUCGCACACAACAGAAUCCGAAACGGCCGAUAGAGACGAUCGCUUAUGGUCUUGGGCAUUUUUCUCCAGCCUCGAAUACGCGACGCACACAAGCGUCGCUGUGUCCACGGCUGCUUUGGAAGCCUUUCUCCAGCUUCUCACCGUACGCCGCCCAAUGAUCCUGUUCCCGCGUCAGUGGUGGACGAACGAGCCCGUGUUCAGUGGCAAUCUGUCCGAUGGGGCUGGGUCAUUUGUUCACGAAGAAAUGCCCUUGGGUGAUGCAGACGACUACGUAACGAUGAAAUUCCCCUCUGGCUCUCCCCCUCUGCACUCUAUGGACAUCUACUCCGUUUGCCCGGGCACGCUGGACAGCAUGACAGAGGACGUGGUCGGCGGAUUAAAGCGCUCUGUCUCUUCCCUCAGUGUUGCGUCCUCUUCAGACCCACCGGAUGCUGGACUUGUCCAAGCCCGAGAAGAGGUGCUUAAACAGAUGUCCACCGUCAAGGCUCGUCUCGUACGAGUCCACGAGCAACAGCAGAUGAACAAUCCGACCCUUCACCCGAGUGAAGACGGAUCUUGUGACUACACCGUCGUGGAUCUUGGAUUAGAUCACGAUCAGUCAGCUGGGGAUCGCUCCCACACUGGUGCCUCAAGUGAAGGGGACGCAGAUGCGGUUGUGCCUCAGGCUCCCACCAAUCGUCUCCUUGAAUUGCGAGAGCUUUUACACACUGCCGAGUCAACAGAUGUGACCUCCGUUUCAGAACUCCAAUGGCUUCCAUUAUACCUAAUCUUUCAUUGUGGUCUCCUUCCAGUUUCGGUCACCAAAACCGCCUCACAUAUCCCUGUCUCCACAAUGAAACCGAGGACCAGCCACCAGCUGUUGGCCAUUAGCUGUCUCAGCCAGCUUGCCCAACUUCGUCCUCUGGAUUUCCUUUUCAGCGACGUAUCAGUUGAUCGAUACUGCUCGUUGGAUACUCUUCCUGAGGUCCAGCCGAUGUUCCUAACAAGAGUGGAUCUGCUGCUGGAACUACUUCAGACACACUCCGAUCCGCACGUCCGUGGACAAUUGUGCAUUCUCAUUGGACAUCUGAUUUCCGCCUCUCUAGUUCACUGUCGCUUAUCCGAUACUGAACAACCGGUCGCUCCCGUCGUGGCACAACUUUCGCGGUUGUUGGACGCUUUGGAUAGCGUUUUAUCUUCUGAUGCUUCUGGUUCCAUAUUCCGUAUGGCUUUCUCUGGUCUCCGCAUCUGCGUCAAUACUGGCUUAUGUGGCUGCGCGGAUGUUGACAAACCACUUUCUACUGAGGAGUCGCAGACAACUGCUCUUCCAUUGGUGACCGUUAAGUGCUUUGCACGCCACCUCAUCACUGCUGCACGACACCCGUAUCGCUUGGUUCGUCGUGAAUUUCUUCUCUUUGUGACGGAACUGAAUUGGACGGCCUUGAACUAUUUGGAACUGGUGUUUAUCCACAAUUCGAUUUGUGCGACCAUAUCGCGGCCUGCUCACUUGUUUGAUCUGGCUUGGGUAGAAACAUGGCGUCUGUUAUCUGAUCCGGAGGCGGAGAUUCGCCAGCUCGCUUCUUUCGCGCUUGUUCACAGCUUCGGCCACGCUUUAACCUCUGGUCCUCAUCAGUCUACAUCUCCUGGCAGUCAGCACGUUCUGGUCCAUCGCAGUCUUGAACGUAGAUUGCAUUUAUGGUAUCCCCACUCGUUCUCAGAGCCUGGUUUACCUCUCAUAUCAUCCGGCUUGGUUGACUGCCGGAGCGAGCAAAGUCUCCCGCCCUGCCUCUUUGGCCUGCCCCCGGAACUGGACGUUGGGCCCUUGGGUUUCCAAGCUUUGUCUGACACGCCCCGGUUACUUUACCUUGAAAGAACAUGUGGGCAAUCCUCCUUUGUCGCAUCAUCGCCCUGUGAAGGCCCUUCUCGCUUGUUCCGUGAGUGCUUGGGCGCUUUUUUGGAAUUGCCUUGCUCCGGACCUCUGCCGCGUGACCGCCAUAUACUACAUGGUAUCCUCCUUUGCCUAAAUCAUCUCCUGGGCCAAUCACAUGUACUGGCCUUCUCGGAACUCUGGUACGACCUCCCGCCGAAUGAGACCGCUUCAACGGAAGGUGCGGAACCUGACGUGUUGAGUCGCGCGCAUCGCCCACGUAUCGCCCUUUUGUCCUGGCACUGUUUAACUUUGCUCUCUGCGGCUACGGUUACCUCCAUAGAUUUGGAGCUUCAUGUGGAACUAGUGACCCUUUGCACCGGUUGCCUUACACGUUGGGCCCUUCACUGUCUCACUGAGGGUAGUAUCGCCACCGGAAUCCAUGCGAUGAGUUCGGACGUUCGCCAUCCGUUCACCCGAUUCGCUUUGUCUUUACUUCAUCAUGUGGCACGCGUACUCUUCGUAUUAUGGCACGUAUUCGAGGGAAUUCGCCCGUCGACCUCGGCACCGAGUGGUGCCCAUGCUGAUCCGCUAAACAUGUCCACAACGAUUGCUGCCGUAAUCAAUCAGAUCGUACGGGCCGACUCCGCCAGCUCUGUGAAUCCCUGUGUACAUGCUAGCCCCGAUCAAACAGCUAGCAGUGGGACAUCAACUAUUUUGGCAAAUCCGCAGAAGCGCAUGUUCGGGGUAAAAAAGUCUGUCACAGAAAUCGGUGCUGGCGAACCUCGGCGAAUUUUGGGCUAUUUUAGCCACUUACCCCACUAUAUGGCGUUAUACCAGACCCUAAAGACUGCAUUUCAAUCUUACAAAAUUUCCGCCGAUCUCACCGGAUCCCAGGAUCAUCUCAUCGUCUUAUUGCAGACCUACUUGCGAACGGCGUCCCGCUUGAUGAAUUGCCUGCGGUUGGCUGAGAUAGCACCAUACUCGGAUGAAUUACUGACCUACGUCAGUGUGCUCUAUAACUGGCAACCUGCCGGAUGUCUCGAAGUGGCCACUCAAAUAUUUCGCGCUUUCGUCGGUACCAAUCUGAUGGGUCAUUGGGAUGAGCCACUGAGCCGUUUGUACAACCUCGCACUGGGCUCAAAAGCAACAGCCGAUGGGUCUUGGCAUCUUAGCUCUGAUUCGACCGCUUUGGAGGAAUCCGGAAUAGACAGUCUCUUCGAUACUUUGUGGCUCCGGUGCUCGCAACGCACUCAAUCGCUUGUGUCAUCUGGUUCAUUGAUCACCCCGUUCGCCUCAUGGCUGAGUUGUGAUCAAUUGUCUCGCGCUCCGAUCACAGCCUGGAUUCGGUUCGCACGCCAGUGGCGUGUCCCACUUCCUCUCACUUCCAAAGUCGCUGAAAUUAAGUCGGCCCUCACACACUUCUUCACCCGGUUCGAACACAUCGUUUUACGAAGUAUGGAAGAAUACGAUCGGACUAGCCGGUUCGCCUUACAACCGAACAUUCUCGAUCUGCUCAGCCAUCUCAUUUGCCUGAGGUUUAAUUACGCACAGCUGGAUGCAGAUCAGCACUUUUUAAAAACUGUGCUUCGUCACUGUGAAAAUCUAUUUCUGGAGGUACCCCGUGAACACAUCCUUCGUGGCAAGCCAACCUCGUCUUUUGCACCCAAUAACCCCUCAUUGGACAAUUCACAAGAUGUGCCUCAUCUGGCCGCUUCGAUGUUUCGCUUUUUCAUCACUCUGGUCUCUCAUCACGGAGCUUUGUCGAAACCUGCUUCUGCAUCACCAGACUUACCUUCACCAGAACAAGCGUGGUCGUUCGAUUUCAAUCAAAUUCUCCAAAUGGCGGAAAUGCUGGCCGCUGAAGGCCCGGAUCCCGGAGGAAGCGUAUUGUCUGCCCUCGCACCAGUCGUUAUUGAUUUGUUCGUGAUCCAGCGUUCCGUCAGCAAUGAGGCAUCUCCUCACGAUAACAGUACGGCGGAAGGGCAGUCACAGGAUCCAAGUGUCCAGAGAUCAGAUGUGCAACGCGAGGCUGUGUUCAGUUUCAUUUUGCGACGUCUGGCUCAUCUGCCUGCCAGCUACGAUCAACUUCGUCUCAUUAUGGAGGAGGCCACUUUACCGCGUCUUGGUCCCCUCGAUACCCAGGAGGACCGUUUGGUCAAGAUUGUUACGCAGAUUUUCGAUACCAUUCUCCAUCAUUUGAAGACCGGGUCCGUACAGGUUGACGCACCGAGGGAUCUGGAUUAUAUUCUCCUCUUGGUCGAUCAUCUUGCUUUGGUCCUUGGAUCGCUGAGUCCUUCCACUCGCUUAGUCUGUGUGCCACUCAUGGAGCGGGUGCAAGAGGUUCAGUUUAGCAUGGAAUAUCCUUCUUCAGAUCACUCGUUUACAUCCUCCAUGCGAUUCAUGCAAUGGGCUGUCGCUCAGGUCGUUUGCGCAAGGCUCUACCUUCGUUUUCUCACUGUGCUAUCUGAACGGCCUGCUGGCUCGGACGAACUCUCUUCUCUCAAGUCGCCCACCACUUUCAUUGAACCCCUACUGCAUGUGUUGUCACAUCUUGUGCAUCGAUAUCGCCGUUCACUCCUCAUUCAUCCGCGCUUAGCGUCUACAUUGUUUGGACCGGGGUUGAACGAAUCACGCACAGUGAACACAUCAGCCGCCGCAAUACUCGCCCAACUCAUCGCGUCUCAUUUGCUUACUUUGCUCGAGUUCACGGAACGAGGAUACUCUAACUCCUUUCUACGCUGCCUCGCUGGUCACGCGCACCAAGAAUCACCGAUAGGACGGUGCCACACUGUUUUUUCCCUCUUGGAUUUCAAGGAGUUAACUCAACACUUGCUCUCUCUUUGUCACUUUGAACCACUGUAUGCGACGAUGUGGAUACGAUUCAUCUCUGUUCUGUCUCGCAACAACCCUAAUGGCUCGGCUGUCGCCGCCCUCAUUCACGAACUGUGCCACAGGUAUUUCUCUUCUGAACAAAGUUUAAACCUGGAGAUAUGUAUACAAACGUUUAUGCUGGAGCUUGUGAACAACUCAUUGCCCAUGGGGACGCAGGGUCCUGUCGUUCCCCUCCAAGCGCUUUGUCCUACCCAAAAUCAGGACGCCCUACAUGAUUGGUCCCGUCGCCUGUUCUCUCUGUGGCAAGCCCGAUUUGUUCCAGUGCGUCGACUGUUCACACUGGCUUGCCAGUGUCCUGAGACGAGCGAGCUUUUACUGUCUUACUUCGUUCAGAACAUUCCAUACAUGUCAUCGGGCCAAAUUCGCUCCUUCUUCCUACAUCUGUCGGCACAAUUUCACCCCAGUUCGACCGACAAACAUCUUGCGUUGCUUUGGGACUAUUUCAUAGCUCCCGAACCGACAACCCGUCCGGACUCAGAGUGCCACCGUUGCCGCCGGAGCCCAUUCCCUUGUGCGAUACAAUUACUGGCCAUCCGCGAGGCUCAUCGGCUGUUGCAUUCAAUCGUAGACUCUUCUGGUUCCAGCGAUACUGAGUGCUCCAGUUCCACUUCCCUGGCUACCCUGAUGGGAUUCUGCGCACGGUUUCCCAAAUCAACUGUGUUAAGUUCAUCUCUGACCGCACUGCGUGAUGUCCUCGAACGAGCCAUCGAUCGUUUGAGUAACAGCACGGGCGCUUCCGCUUCUGCGCUUCAUGAUGCUUCUUUGGAAGCGUACAACAAAGUGCCUGAUGUCUCCUCUCUGUUGUGUCAACUUGAAGAAGAUGCCAAACCGUGGCUGCUUGAUUCUAUUAGAUCGGUACUGCGAGACUCUCCCAGCAUCGGUAGCGUCCAUGCCGUCGCUCAUCUCAUACAAGCUUUGACGCGAUCCAGCCGGGGCGCUGAUCAGGAGCAUCUUUCCUCCUUGCUACAGGAUUGUUGCCUUCGUUGUUGCCCCCGAUUGCUUCAGCACAUUCUUGAACCUCGCCAGUUCUCAACCCCUGAACUAUCAGCUGAGAUGGCCAACGUAUCGAGGCUGUGCGACACCGAUGGCGAUUUUAUCUCGGACGGCGUCACAACUAAGAUUCCACUUCGAAUCGGAGAUCAGCUUCUCUUUCGACGGAUGCAACAAGCCAUCACUGAACCCGCCCAUGUCUUGGAGCAGCUUGCAGAUCCCACCCUGUGCAAAUCGGUGCAAUCAUACCUUAUCGGUCUAGGGACUGCCUUCCUCCAUCGUCUGUCCUCAAAGCCACAAAUGCCUAUGACGAGUCUAACCUCCUCCUCCUCUCCUGAUACAGAUAUUAUGGCUUCGCAGUUCCUUCAUCUCUUGAUUGAGAUCAUCCUCAACUCCUUGGGCCGCGUCCCGAGGGAUAUCUCAGUCUAUCGGGAUCCCCGUGCUCAACAUCACACAUUUCGGCGCCAUGCGUGUUCCGUUGGUCUGUUGCACCUUACUCUAUGUCUUAUGGACUACCGGUUACACCGUCUGUCGAUGCAAUUAUGCGAAAAUGCCACCAGUUUCUUGGAGAGUGAAGAGGAGCAGGAGGUCAACUUUUAUUUAGGCUUUUUGGCCGCAAUUGACCACUUUGGUGCUGCUUCUGAGCCGCUGACUUAUUGGAAUCUGGAUCACCAUUGGCCAGCCCCCGCGCAGUCUGUUUCCCAAGGUCUUGCUAUUACUAAUCUUCUUGUUCCGAAACAUCCAACUCUCUUUGGUUCGUGGUACCCGAGCCCAAUUUGCGCUACUGCUGUGGCCCAUUUCACCGACACAUCCGCUUCUUCGUUGUCCGCUUCGAUGGUUUUCACCGGUGCAUCGGAAUGUACUGAAACCAACAGUGAGCCAUUGUCCCGUCGGGUACUAGCGGCUCGCCUCGCACCGUGUCAGGUGCUGGCCAAGUGCCGUUUACUGCGGUCCGGCUUGUCCGUAGCACGCAAUUCACUGCUGGGUAGCAAGUUAAGCGUGUGUCUAUUCGGUUGCAUUCGCUUACUUAAAAGGACUGCCUCAAUCCAUCCAACCUCCGAGUCCCCAUGGGAAUCCGCGACGGACUCCCUUCUGAACUUGGAUCCUCAUGAGUUAGCCGCAACCAUCAGCCACAUGAACGCUUUUGGAUGGACUGAUCGCAAACAGUUCGAGAGGUCUUGGAUGUCCUACUUGGAAUUAUUGGUUGGUUCCAGCCAAAUGACGGACGGGCAUUCUGCAGAGUCGCCAACACACUUAAGUACCCUGGACGGGGUCAAUGUGGAGCUCAUCGAACGCAACCAGUGUGUGCAGACUGGUCUGGCCGGAAUGACACGCUUACUUUUGGACGCGGCUCUCCGACCUGAACCUGGAGAUCCACUACACUCGGAACUGCGUCACCAACCCCGCUGUGGAACUCCACACUUUUCACACACCAAACUAGGUCGCAAAUUAGCCUCUAUUGUGUCCAAAAUCGAGGGCCAACACAUGCGCUUGGUCCACUUGCGACACCAUUAUCUUGGCAAAUCCUUCGAUUCCUAUUCCCAAUCGGGUGAACUUGAUCCUGUCAGCGGUGCCACCAUGGAACUCUCCCCUGACCUUAUCGAACCGAAUUUGGAGCGGCUAGCAGAUGUUCCUGGGAGUCCCGGGCCCAGUCUAUUUGCCAUCUAUUGGAUCGUGAGAAGACUGAUGCCUUCCACGGACAGUAGCGGAAUCUCAACGGAUGAUUCAGUAGGGGACGUCGGAGCUCCGACACCUCAACUUCGAAAAGACGGUAACACCGGCCGGCUCACCAGGAAAUACGAAGAUUUACUAUUCUCUUGCCUUCAGUCCAUCCAGCUUCUUUGUCAGUCAUGGGCUGGUCAACCUUCCCUAGGAGCUUUUGUCCCCACCGCCAAAAUGUCUCCGAAGCCAGUCACUACAAUGGCGAUCGGCGUCACGGAUUCGACCACCACGAGCACAUCGGAUUCCUUCUCCUUAACCAAUCCUAGUCGAAUUGGUGUGGCAGUUCCUCAGCCAAAAGGUCUUGUGUUGGCCGUCUCCACUGCGGUAGUGCGUUCGCUUGUCAUACUGUCCGAUCUGUUCACUACUCGUGAACAGUUUGAGUGGCUCAAGCUGUACCUGAAAGAAGUUCUACAGCGGUUACCGUCCCCGGCCGAAUUCCCAGCCCCCAUUCACACAUGGCUGACGCUAGGACUGGCCAAAUGCACGGCGGUGCUUGAGUUAGUCCAAGAUUGCCCGAACGCCGAUGUUCUGCAUUCUUCGUCUCUUGAACCGGCGGUUCGUCAAACUAUCCAUGCACUCCAGUCCACCGUAAUCCCCAUCCAGGAUGCCGGUUUGCAAGCAUCCAUGUGGUUACUGCAUUCAGCCAUCCUUAUACGCACACAGCCCCAUCAGAGCCACCUGCAACAACACAGUCCUCCCACGGGUUCCUCUGUCCUGAACGAAUUGUACACGCAGGUUUGUGUAUUCGUCGAAAGGAAGCUGGCUACUAUUUUCGGACCACUGCCACCUGUUCGUGCUUCAUCUGAAGCGAUCCGUAGUGGCACACUGCCUCCACGAAGAAGACCUGUCGGUGGCGGUAGUAUGCGAUGGAACCAAGCAGCGGCUUUGGGAACAACCGGGUUGAAGAAAUUGAUGGCUGGGGCCUUUGGCUCCUCAAUCAGUGCCAAAGGAGGAGGAGGCGGUGCCCACACUCUUUACGAUGGCACUGAAUCGAACGUUUCCCCACCUAGUCCGGUCGAUCGAACUGAGCGGCAUCAACUCACGGUUUUGGCGACCGCCUUCUUUCUCACUGAACACUUCUCAGCACCGCCUGUCUAUCCCGUUUUGAUGGACUUUGGCUCCGGUCUGACUGAGAUGUUGUCCGGUCUCACUUGCAGCUUGUUUAAACUCAGUGCGGAUAUGCUGUCGGAUGCCACUCCGCCUGCCGCAAAGGAUCGCCCGCCUCUCCCAUGCAACCGCUACGCUCUCUUGGAUUCGGGGACCACGAGGAGUCUGUGUUGCCCCUUGUCUGUUCACACUGCCUGGUGCCGAGGCGUCGGACGGUUGGUGCUGCUAGGCCGGUUGGGCAAAGGUGCCACUGAGAGUCUGAUGAAGAUGUGCAUUGCUCGCGUGCGCACGUGCCGUUCCCCCCUGAUUAGUUUUCCUGUGUUACGUCUCCUGAUCACUUGCGUGUACGCCAGUACGGGACGCCUGACAGCGCAGCUGCAGAAUUACUCCCAUGGAUCAGGGCCUUCGUCUGAACCGCGGACGCACAACACUGCUUCGGGACAGGGCGAUGCCACUUCCGUCAUCGACGAAGCGAGAGCUCUGCAACCCGGCGACUCACGUGCUCUACCGCUGUCAGUGCUUGAAGAGUUCGAAUCCACCAUCGCUGUGACGCAAGAAUUCCUCGGAUGCUUGUGGGAGCGCUUGAGAGGUGGUGUUGCGCCGCUUCAGUCCGUGCCGGCUAUCGCCGGCCCGUUGUGGAUCUCCAACGCUUGGACUUGUAUCGCGGAAGCCGUGGUCAUCGCUGACCUGUUGCCAGUCACCAGUAUGGAGAUUGUGCAUACUCUCAAGGUCACAUUGGCUCUGCCCAUGGGCCAAGCGUUCGACGCGAAUAUUGCCGAUCCAGUGUUGAACAAAGCGUUGGGGGAGUUUGCUCGGCUGGACCACACACAUCCCCAUCUGGCCGCACAAACUCUGAUCCAACUGUUCGCCUUAUUCCUGGCCACCGAAGGAGGCCGGUCUGUGAUCCGCAAAUGGAUCCUCCUCUCCUUGCCCACGCUGCUCGACCGGCAGCCAGCGCGACUGGCCAUCUGGGCCACCUCCGUGUGCUUGCUGGCGGCCACAACUGAUCCGACUUUACGUCUAGCCACCAUACUAUGUGCCGAUCCAGCAAUGUUUCGUCCGUGUGAGACAGAAGCGGACCGACCCGUAUCCAAUCAAAGUCGCGCAUCUAACAUUCUCAGUGAUUUGCUCUGCUUAUCCGCGGUGCAUUUCAUUCGCUUUGGUUUACUGUGCAAUACUUCCACGGGCGACGAAGUCCAAACGAAGCGCCGCGCUGAACAGCAGGCCGCAUUCCUGCAUGCUUUUGAGCAAAUCGCUCAGCUGGACGCCACCUCUGCUAUGCUCUCUCAUAUUCCGCACUGUCACAUGGAUCACGAUGAGCAACGAACAUUCCAGCGGGUCUAUCGUCUACUCCAUCGUGAGAUGUGUGCAACGCACGAUGCCAAGACCUCCAACAACAUCGAUAUAGACGUACCGUCCGCCAUUUGAUAGAUAGCCUCGUAUGCAGCUGUCGCCUUAUUGGUACUGCUCACGAAACUGUAAUCGCUGCUUCUACACUUCCUGUGGUUAACCGCCGCACACACACACACACACCAACUGUUUCCCUUUGCGUACUGUGAUAUACCUCACAUUCAUAUCGUCCAAUGCCCUUGUCUCUCUCUUCUACUCUGAACAGUCCCCAUUCGUAUUUAAUCACGUGUACUGCAUUCCGACGGAUGACCUCACUACCAUUGCCUCUCCUGGAACACUUUGACCUAAACAGUGGUCACCGCGAUCAGUCCGGCCCUCUCUUGGUCUGCGAACACUUCAAGCAACAUGAUAGUACACACACACACACAGUUAACUUCGCUUCGCUUCAGUUAUCAUCCCUAUCUUCUCCACACAUUUCUUGGACUCAUCCUAAUGGGGCAUCCUCAUUCUCAUUUGUCUUUCGAACCUUGUCAUAUGGUCGAUUUGUAAUCAGUUCGCUCCAUUUGUGGCUCCUGUCAGCACGCUCUUUGCAAUACUUUCUUCUAUUCGUUGGCCUCCUCAGUCAGAGCGCUCCUCUGAACUGCAAUGUUCAUGCUCAUAUCCAACCUUACAUGGCUUUAUCUCACUCGUUUUAUACUCUGGACUGCUCAUCACAUUGACCGGUAUUCACCACGGUGUACACAAACU